AGCAUCGCGGCUCGUUGACGUUAGCUCGAGGUCGCAGGUUUUCACACCGACCCAGCUAAAAAUAAGAGGCAUGAAAAGUACUUUGAGUUAGUUAACAAGUAAUAACACAACCGUACCCUUUAUAAAACUCGAAGAAUUGGCUCCUAACAACUACAAGUUGAAAAUGGAGCCCCAGGAACCUGCAAAGGAUGGUGAAAGCAGUGGAUUCUCUAAGCGGCGCAUUUCCUCGAUUUUAAAAGCACCACGGAAAUCGGCCAGAUUCCCUGACCCAGAGCAACAGGAAAAUGUGGUGGAAUGUGCCAAACCUGUGGAAAAAAGGAAUUCCAGAAGAGUCAGUUUUGCCCCUGCCAACGAUGUUCUUCUGUUCUCAAAGGAUGUGAAAAAUGCCUCUCCUGCUCGAAAUCCUUUACAAGAGUUAAUGGCAGCAACAACAACCACACAGAAUAGGGCCCAGGUGGUGGUUACUGAAGAUGGGAUUCAACCAAUCAUUGGAAUGGAAACCCUUUUGAGUGCUCCUCUACAUGCUUCUCAACAGCAGGAUAUGGUCAACUUUGGUACUGGAGAAGGCUUCGGGGAGAAAACUGUGAUGUUUUCCACAGAUGAUGCAUUCAUGGACAUGACCCACAGUCAUACUAUUAACAUUGCCAAUGGUGCAGAUAUUUCCCUCCUCAACUAUGAAGUUUUACCCAUCCAGUGGAGAGAAAACAGUGAUGUUCGCUACAGACGAUGCAUCCACAGAUAUGACCCUGAGUCAUACUUUAAAUAGCUACACUAGCUCAGUGUCACUACCCACCAGUAUAAACAUAUCCUCAUCAGCACCUAGUUUGGAUCCAGGAUUUGAAAACUUCCUUGCAAGUCUCUCUAAACCAAGUGGUCCCUCAUCUUUAGCCACUGUUGAGACAAACAGCUCCUUGACCCAUAUUAAAACACAAAAGGCUGACGUGGACAAAGAGAAUCAGGUUCCAUCUUCAGUUUCAGCUGUGAUGGAGAAAUCAUUAAAUACCUCCAGGAAGACCGGGGAAUCAUCUUAUGGAGGUGCGCUGUAUUCAGAGGUUGAUGUCAGCAUGGAUAUGACUGAAGCUCAAACAGGCCGCAUUCUGGGAUUGGCUGAUGACGACGAUCCUUUUCAGUGUCUCUUUCCCUCACAAGACAUGUACGCCCACUCUGACAGAGGAGUAUCACAAACAGCGGACACGAUGAAGACCAAACAGCAGCAGAGCAGUAAAACCCCAGGACAUUCUGACCCCAAAGAUUUGGCAUCCUUGAAGAAUCCAUCUCUUCAUGCUUUUCAUCCAAGUCACAAGGUCAACUUUGAAACAAGAGAUGAAUGCAGAGACAAAACAGUAAUGUUUGCUGCAGGUGAUGACUUUAUGGACAUGACUCAGAGUCACACUGUUAACAUCGCUGGUGGUCUGUUAGCUCCUCAGCAAAUGUCAGCAGACAGUUUGGAUCCAGGAUUUAAGAGCUUCCUCGCAAGUCUUUCUAAACCAAGUGACCCCAGUGUGAAUCCUGUGAUUGAAAGAGUGAUACACCCUACUGCAGCGUCCUCUAAAGUAACUAUCAACACCAACAGCUCCCUCUCCCAGCUUAAAACACCAAGGGCUGAUGUUGGCAAAGAUAACCGGUCACUAAAUACAAGACGGGGCUUUGGAGAAUCAUUUGAUGGAGGUGCAGUCUGUCCUGAAGAUGACGUGAGCAUGAAUAUGACUGAAGCUCUAACAGGCAACAUUAUAGGAACCACUGGCUCAGAUGACCCUUUUCAGUUUCUUUGUCCCACACAAGACAUGCACCCCCACAGUGAAGGUCUGAAGAAAGCAAAGAUCACUCCAGGACAGAGGAACAGCGAGGCACUGGGGUCAUCUAACCGCACAGGAAUGGAAAAGACAAAGGUGCAAAGACAUCAGGCGAAGUUUGACUUUGAAGACGACUACAGAGAGAAAACAGUGAGGUUUUCUGCAGAUGAUGCUGGUAUAGACAUGACACAAAGUCACACUGUCAACAUUGCCACAAAUUUCAAACUGCAAUCAGGCUUUCUGCCUUCUUGUGGAGAGAAAACAGUGAGGUUCAGUACAAAUGAUGCAGCUAUGGAUAUGACCCAGAGCCUCACAGUAAAUAUUUCCAGUAAUUUGGUAUCAGAUUCAGUUCUUCCUGUGAAGACACAAGAAGGAGGGAAAUGUGGUCCACUUGGAGAGAGAUCAUCAUCAGUGCAAGGUUUGGCUCCAGGAUUUAAUAACUUCCUCACAAGUCUCACAAAACCAGGUGAACCCACUGUUGAUCCUGUGAUUGGAAGAAUGACACAGGCAGCUGUACCAUGCUCUAACAUUGGAGACUCGUCUAAUGGGGGCACAGUCUGUCCCGAAGAUGAUGUGAGCAUGAACAUGACUGAAGCUCUAACAGGCCGGAUUUUAGGAAUCGCAGACGCGGAUGAUGUGUGCCCCCAAAGUGGCAAUCUGAAGAAAACAGGAGAUGAGUUCACAACUGCAGAGCAGUGAAGUGCCUGGAUCGUCUAACUUUAAGGGCACAGCUAACUCAUUGAAGAAUUCUUUAAAGAUGCAGAGACAUCAGGUCAAGUCUGAUGCUGAAGAUGACUGUAGAGAGAAAACAGUGAGGUUCUCUGCAGAUGAUGCAGCCAUGGAUGUGACACGCAGCCACACUGUAAAUAUUGCCACUCAUUUCAAACCACAGUUCCACUUGAAUUCAGACUUUGUACCCACAUGUGGAGAGAAGACAGUGAGGUUCACUGCAAACGAUGCAGCUAUGGAUGUGACACGAAGUCACACGGUCAACAUCGCCACUCAUUUCAAACCACAGUCCCACUCGAAUUUGGACCUUUUGCCUACAUGUGGAGAGAAGACAGUGAGGUUCUCUGCAGAUGAUGCAGCUAUGGAUGUGACACAAAGUCACACUGUAAAUAUCGCCACUGAGUUUGAACUCCCCUCACAACAAAAUAUUGACCCUCUGCCUAGUUGUGGAGAGAAAACCGUGAGGUUCAGUGAGAAUGAUGCAGCUAUGGAUGUGACACGAAGUCACACCGUUAAUAUCGCCACUGAGAUUGAACUGCCAACGCAACAAAAUGUUGACCCUCUGUCUAGUUGUGGAGAGAAAACUGUGAGGUUCAGUGCAAGUAACGCAGCUAUGGAUGUGACACGAAGUCACACUGUAAACAUUGCAAGUCAUUUGGCACCACAGUCACACCAAAACUUGGACUUUUUACCUGCUUGUGGUGAGAAAACAGUGAGGUUCAGUGCAGACGAUGCAGCUAUAGAUAUGACUCACUGCCUCACUGUAAACAUUGCCAGCAACACAGUGUCAGAUUCAGUUGUUCCACACCAAGAAUCAAACAUUUUAUCCACCCACGGAAACCCAGAUUUACCUUCAGCUGUGAAGAAGGGAGAUAGAAACAGAUCAUUGUCAGCACACGGUCUGGAUCCAGGAUUUAAAAACUCCUUGCCCAGUACCAGUGGCCCAUGGGCUAACCCUGUGAUCACCAAAGCAGUUUCUCCUGCUACACCAUCUCCUCUAGAAGGUGUCAGUACAAAUGGCUACCUGGACCAGCUUCACAUGGAGAAGGCUGAAGAAAACGAUGUAAACAUGGAUAUGACUGAAGCUCAAACAGGAUGCAUUUUGGGACAAACAUGCACAGAUGAAUCCCCUCAAUGUCUCUCUUCAACACAAGACUCCUACGCCAAUUCUGACCAUUUGAAAGAAACGGAGGCAACUGCACAACAGAGCAAUGAAACACUGGGAUCAUCCAACCCUGAUGGUGUGGAAAUAACAAACUGUCCACAGUCUUUUGACUCAAAUGACACCAAGACCAGGGAAGAACCCAAACCAAGAAAUGAAACUUGUACUUUAUCACAGAAGAUGGAAAGUUCACCCAGUGCUGUUGACCAAGAUGCUGAUGUGCUGCGUUCACGGAAGUCCAGACGAAUGAGUUUAGCUGAUCUCCAGUCAAAAGUAAGGCGCCUGAGCCACAUCAUAAAUACAGCUCCUGAUGCUAUCGCCAUGGAAAACAGCACAACACCUUUGCUUCAGUUGGACCACGAUGAUGAAAACUCAGAGGACAAAACAAAAUCCAUGCCUGUAGCGGAGCCUGAAGCUGAACUAGGUUUGGUAAACACUCAAGAUAAUACACAAGCUCAGUGUCUGACACAAGGAGAAGAAGAAGUCUCAACUACUACUGCUACUCCUUUCAACUUGAAGACUAAACAACUGAUGUCAAGACUCUCAGUGGGAGGCUUCAAGCCAAAACUGCCUCAAAGAAGCAAACCCGAUGACCCAAAGAAGGUGAAAUCUUUUGGAGAGCCGACAAGGACGAUGACUAUCAACGUUACUAAUCAGCUGACUAACUUUGACAAUGAUGUGAGCGAUAUUUACGAUGAAGAGCUUGAAAGCUAUGAGGAUGUGUCCGAAACACUGGACAUGAGGAGUCCCCAAAAAAUCACUGAAAAAGUGAGUCCCUCCCUGGAGUUCAACACCGACGAGCCUUUAGAUGAGGAUGCAUUCGAGGAGGACCUUAUCAGUGCUGCCCAUGGAAUAAAGAGACCUUUGCCAACAGAUGAAAACAAUAUGGAGGAUGAGAAGAGAAUGAAAGCUUCCACUGAGACGCCUGCUGAUGCUGCUGAAAUGGAAUUACAGCCUCAUUCUGUGGAGUCUGACGCUAACAUCACUACAGCUCCAAACAUGACUACACACACCACUGAUUGCUUCAGUAGUGGUCUCACAGCCAGCAUCAGAUGUGAAGCUACAUUUGAGUCAACUUUUAAACAAAGCCUCUUUGAAUCUCAGCUUGAAGACUAUACAAGUGAUGAACAAAAGAAACUGGAUGACGGCACCAUUACAGUGAUGGAGUUCUUUAAACUCUUCAACAUAGACUUUGUCAUCCAUAAUCCUCGCCAAAGUGUCCUUCCUGGCAGACUUUUGUCAGACUCCGAUUCCACACCGAUGGAUUUAUUGAAGGACAGGCACAUCAGCCGUCCUAAACAGACGGUGUAUGAAGAAGACGUCCUGAUCCUCACAGAGAAGGUGGAGGGGUUGAAGGUGCGAAUGCGGGACCUAGACAAACCUCUGAAGAUCGUUAACAGACCUCUGUGGGAGGAGAUGAGAAGUUCUUCAGAGAAAGAGCUCAAAUCGUUUGGUGCAAAACUAAAAGAGAGAAAUAACUUCUUCAGAAAGACGAGCAAAGCUCAGUCACAUGAAAUGAAAGAGGUUUUGUACUCAAAUCUUGUGCAGGCUAAUCUGGAGGAGCAAAAGAAGCUGAGAGGAACAAUUGAGGAAGCAGAUGAAAUGAUAAAAAGCCUAGACGAAUGUAUUUGUCAGUUAGAGACAGAACUUGCUGCAGUUGAAGAAAAAGGAUUCGAUGACAAACCAAGUCUGAAAUCAUGUCAGGAAGAAAUGAAGAAAGUCACUGAAGCUCUGGUGGAUGAUGAAAGACAAAUGUCUGAACUGGAGCUGCAGAAGAAGCAGAAUUCAAACAAACUCAACAGGCUGAAAGCUGAGACCAAGAACCUCGAGAGUCAUGUCACCAUUCUGCAUAUGGUGAAUGAGUGGAAGUUUGGGGAGAAGACAGACAACUGUACAACCUACACCUUCCUCCAUGAGACCAUGCAUCUACAGUUGGUGUAUGAAAAAUCCAAUGGAACUGAUGCUGAUAAUCAGUCUGAGAGGAAAAUAUCUCACAUCACCUUCAAACUUCAACUUGAUGAUGAGAAGUCGCAGUGCCAUGCUCGCCUUGUUCACAAACUUCUCUCUCAGUACAUUGAGAGUGAAACUUCCUGGGUGGAGAAGUACCCGACGAAAAGACAUGUACCAAAGCUGCUCCAUGAUGUUAGCCUGGUGGUGAGUCGCUGUCGUCUGCUGGGAGAGGAGAUACGUCUGCUGAAAAUGUGGGGAGGUCUCAGGCUUGAUAUCCUGGACAUCAGCUGUGUGGACACCCAAGUGCACAUUGUCUUCAGCAGUCUCAAGAAAUUUUCCAAGUUUGAGGUGGUCUUCUCCAUCAGUUUGAUGAACCACCUCUGUGUUCUACAAGUAGAGAGCUUUAAAAACAGAAUCGGAAGCACGGCGAUCCAGCAGAUUGAGGAGAUUGUGGCAUGUUUCAGUCCAGGAAAGAACCUGUUGACGAAGAUUGUCAAAAAGAUUCAUCACAGUCUUCUCUGUUGAGACCAGGAAAAUAUCCAGGAUCAAACUUUGAUUCCUGUCAUUUGUAAUUAAACUCUAUUGUACAAUAUUGGUGUUGAUUAUUCUAUCAAAUCAAAAAAUAUAGUGUACAUGUUUACAGUCAGUUUUUUCUACCACAGUGUGCAAGAAGUGAUGGUUUUCAAUGCAAAUAUUCCUAUUAACAAUUAAUAAUUGCAUUUUUAGUAAAAAAUACUUUGGCAUUAGAAAAUAGGGUAACAUACUACAUGAAAAAGGACAACAUUAAUAGUCAAAUGCUAAAAAGAAAAGUUUUUAUAUUUGCUGAGUGAUCAUGAUCACCAUCUAAAAUAUUCAACCCAGUUGUCUUUCAUUGGUCUGGAGAUGCUGUUCUUCCUGUGCAGUUUCCAGAGUCACCUGCAGAUGGUGAACAUGGACUGACUUUACAGUACAUUGUUUUUCUUGCAGAGGCACCUUGAUACAAAGCCGAUAAACCUUGUGUUUGACACAUGUUUCAACAGAGAGGUUGUAUAUCUGUCAGUACUGAACAUAUGUAAAUAUAUUUCACUUCUUUGCUCAUUGUAAAUCAGUUUCUCUAUCAAAUCUUGAAGAAAAGCUUUUUAGUCAUUAGAAAACGUAAAAUUUCUAUACUCGUGGUUCCAUUAAAAAUAAUUAUUCUCACAA